UCAAUUACCGAUUCGAGCUAACGCUAGCUAGGCUAGCUGGUGUGUGGAUAAGCCGUGUUGUGCGCGUUGCGCCGCGCUAAUAAUAAUUAGCCAUGUGCAGGCACGCACGUAACGUUAACAUUCAAUGACUCCGUGUGCUAUACGUCUUGUAUUACUUGUAACUAGUCACAAAUUUAACCGAUAACUCAUUCAUUUCACUUGUGUUCAAUGCAUUUUUUGUUGUGACGUGAUCCUCCCUAGUAUGAUGCCCACACUGUAAAUGCUCCCUAUUUGGAUUACAAAAAAACUAAACAAAACAGAAAUACUGUACUACAUAGACGUCAUCAUUUUGUAAGUGGGCCAAUUUUGCAUUUUCCCCAAUAACUUCGGUUUUAUUUGGAAUUUGGGAAUUAGAUGAACUCAAGACACCCCUCUCAACAUUUUAGCAUCUCUGAACAUCAAGUCAUUUUUCUUUUUCUAAUUGCCAGCUAGGAAUGGAGGCAUCCUCUUCAAAACCAACAAAAACGCAAUUUUAUUAUUACCAUCAUCUAGAAUUUUUCCUCCGUGUCAUGUCCUGCUUUUGUGUUGACACUUGCCUUUGUGUUUCUCAGUGUACAUCAGAAGCGAUGACCGGCCACCACGCUUUGCUGCCUAAACUGCGCUUGAGAGGUACAUGUACAAACAAGGUAGGAAAAACUGCCUUGCCGUCACCGCAGCUCCAACAGGCCAGCAGAUCCCCGGCCAGCUCACGGUGACCUUUGGGAAAUACAAAGGCAAGACCUUCAUGUGGCUUACGGAGGAAGAUGUCGGCUAUGUCAAGUAUCUCCUCGAUGGCCACGUGAAGGAGAGGCGACGACAGAAGGGAAGGUGCGACACCAAAACUGGGGAGUGGAGGCUGAAGGAGCAGCUUCUACGCUACGUGGAUAUGUUCCCUCCGGUGUCAUGCCACUUGGAGCAGAACAUCGACCGGGCCAUCUGCGGGCAUGGCCGCUUCCGGUCCUUCACAUUCGAGGAUAUGUGGCAGUUUUAUGACUUCUCCAAGCUCAUCCGUAACGAUCUCCAGGCCGAAAGCGCAGAAGAAUGGAAGAUGGCCCAGGAAGCCUUCUGCUUUGUGCGUCAGUGGCUACUGAUGACGGAGUAGGACAUCAAUGUCACGUUAAGAGAUUUCGAUUGUACAUCCUCACAAAGGAGGAGGAGCGAGCUAAAGGCAAAGUUGCACCAGCUACGCCCCUCACGUCAGCUUGUGCAUCAGCAUUAGCAGCAUUAUCAACAUGACCUGCUGUAGCAAAUACACCAUCAUCAGCAGCGGCAGUAGCAGCAGCACAACAACAAGCACCACCACCACAAGGUGAUGAUGAAGACUGGCAAUGUAAAAUACUACGCGCCUGGGCGCUUUGUGGCCAAUCCGCACAGGGUCAAAAAAAAUAUUCCAAAAAAAAACAAACAAACAAAAACUACACGGUCAAGGCGUCCACGUCCAAAGGACUUUCUGGCAGGUCUUUUGAAAACUUUGUAAAUUUUAAGGAGGCGGUCAAUGACCUUGUAAAAUAAAACACAUUGAUAUGUACUUCAUGUCUCAGCUACUUUUUACACACACAAAUAUGCAGUAUGUUCGGCAUAGCAUAUAGUCCUGUAUAUUGGGCACUUUCCCAAUGAGUGCAGACAGAAAAUUAAAAACCUAGU